GCCAGGGCCUCCGUCAUGCUCACCCUCCUCCUCUUCUCCUCCUUCCCUGCCCGGCUUCUUCCCCUCUCCUCCACCUCUCUCUCUCCCCCCCCGACCCCCCCAGUCCAUAAGGAGGCGGAGCUGGACUUCUUCCAGGAGAGCCUCCCUUCGGGGCCAGAGUCGGGCGAAUUCCUCCAGAGCUUCGACGAGGAGGAGAUCUUCCACGUGGAUUGGGCCCAGAAGGAGAACGUCUGGAGGCUGCCCUACUUCGCCCAGCACAUGAGUUUCGAGGUCCAGGGGGCGCUGGGCAACCUGGCCGUCAUGAAGAACAACCUGGAGAUCAUGAGGAAGCGCAGCAACCAGACCCGGGCCCAGAACGGUAGGGGGUGGGGGUGGAGGUCGGGAGGAGCGCCCUUGCCCGACUUCAGCUGGAAACCUCAGAGGUGCCUGUUCAGAGGGAGGGAAUCGGCUGUCUUUAGUCUCUCCCCCCCUUUAGUUUCUCUCCCCCCCAUCGCCUUCAAUCAUGGUGGGACCUGAUCCCCUUCAGAGGCUGGUGGGA